UCCUUUAAAUGGCACAGGCACUCCUCCUUCCCCCUGAGUAUUAACUUUUAAUUCAUCUGAUACGAGGCAAACGCGUUGAAGAUAUGUCUCUCCAGUGUCAAUGGCUCCGUAUGUGCGCACUGGUAGUUGCUUUCUUGGGGUUUGCGACGACUGAAGCUGCAGUCGGUGGGAGGAUGCCAGGCUACAGCAUUCCCACCAUUGUCGUUGACCAGUCGGGCCGAGGUAAUUUCACCACCAUCCAGGCUGCCAUUGAUGCUGUUCCCUGGGGCAAUUCUCGCUGGAUUUGUAUCUUUGUCAAGUCCGGACUUUACAAAGAGAAGGUGUCGAUCCCAAGGGAGAAAGGGUUCAUCUACCUCAAGGGAGAGGGAAGGAGAAAAGCCAAUGUGGUAUGGUCUGAUCACGACUCUAUAGCGCAGAGCCCCACCUUCACCUCCUGGGCUGACAAUGUCUUUGCUAGAAGCAUCAGCUUCACGAACUCAUAUAACCUUCCGAUGUCACAAAACGGUAACCCACGAGCGCCAGCGGUGGCGGCUAUGAUUGCCGGUGACAAGUCCUCAUUCUACCGUUGUAGUUUCUUCGGGGUGCAAGACACCUUGUGGGAUUUCGAAGGCAGGCAUUACUUCAAGAGCUGCACCAUCGUCGGCGCUGUCGAUUUCAUCUUUGGCAGCGGCCAAUCCAUUUAUGACGGAUGUACCGUAGCGGUGACAACGGCAGCUUUAGGGCCUGGCGUACCAGGAUACAUAACAGCACAGGGAAGAAGCAGUCCGGAACAAAGCAACGGGUUCGUCUUCAAAAACUGCAGAGUGGUGGGCAAUGGGCUGACGUACCUGGGACGGCCAUGGAGAGGAUAUGCCAGGGUGAUAUUCUACAGUACUUAUAUGAGCAACAUCAUAGUUCCUCAAGGAUGGAAUGCUUGGUACACCUCUUCCCGAGAGUACCAAUUGACUUUUGUUGAGUACAACUGCACGGGAUUGGGAGCAGACACUUCACGGCGCGUAAAAUGGUUAUCAAGGCUGAGCACGGACGUGCUGUACAGGCUAACCAGGUUGGACUACAUUGAUUCGGAUGGUUGGCUGAUGAGCCAACCUCAUAGCAGCACUAUUCUUGCUUAGACUGAAUUUGUCUGACCCAUGCAUGAUGCAUAUUGCUUCUUUCUUUCUUUUCAUUACUCUCCCUAAACAAACUAAGAAGCUUUUUUAACAUUUUUAUUGUUUGGCAACAUUUCAAACGACAAACCUUAUUGCAUGGUUGCUGGCACACAGAUUUGGUUUGUACUCUCAGCGAAGAUAUCUCAAAUUAUCAAAAUAAGGAAUUGUAAAAGUUCCCAGCUUAAUCGGCAACUGUACUGUAGA